CGUCAUCGAUGUGACAGUUCAUUUCAACAGCAGUGUCCAAACAAAAAUUAAUCCCCCAUAAAAUGUUCAGUUUCGUAAGAGAACUACUAACUUCAAUUUCAGCGAAAGCGUCACGGACUUCUGCAAAUAUGAAGUUGCUGGCGCUUAGAGUGGAAGCAAAAUCCAAAGGAACAAUGUUUGAGAAGUGGGUCACAUUUUGGAAGUCUAUGUAUUUAGAUUACAAGGACUUGGUGUACGACAUCCGUAAUGACGUACGCGAGGAGCCCAUUAAAGCCGUAUGCCUGGCGUCACUUUUUGCUGCAGUAACGUAUUGCGCUAAACAUAAUCCGAAUUUAGUUAACUACAGGGCGAGCUUCGUGAACUAUGCAAACGAGCUGUCUCUAGUACAUCCCUCGUUACAAAAGGUGGAAGCUGCCUCCACCGUUGACCGAAUCGGAAAGUGUUUUGCUAGAGACGUUGUGAGACGAUUAAAUUUGGGAAUUGCUUCGGUGAUAUGGAUCGAUUUUCACAACAGAACUUGCAAGAACGGAGAAUCGACGUGUCCGUACUUUCAAAUGCAGUCGUACGAGAUCAAGGAUUACAUCGUUGAUGUGGGAUUCUUGGAUAGGUGGUGGUUUCUAAACAGUUGCAUGGCAGAUUAUGACAUAAAUUACUAG